UUCUUGUACUUUAUAAUCUUCUGUCUUUGCUGAAAUAGAAAUCCUCUCUCCAUGUGUUGACUUCCUGCUGAGUUUGUGCUAAGAAGCAGAGCUGUGGUGUAAAGUAUGGUGGAGAGAGCACAGAAUCCUGACCUGGAGUUACUGAUUAUGUCCUGAUGGAGCGGGUGAUAUUCCGGCCGUGGCUCAUCCUGAUUCCGAUUGUUUUGCCAAAAGAUGUUGAGUUUUUUCCGGCGCACACUUGGGCGCCGGUCCAUUCACCGGUAUGCCGAGAAGGAACGUCUUCGGGAGGCCCAGAGAGCCGUCACCCACAUACCAGCUGCUGGCGAUGCCAGGUCCGUCAUCACAUGUAGGGUUUCCCUUCUGGAUGGGAGUGAUGUCAGCGUGGAUCUGCCGAAAAAAGCCAGAGGUCAGGAGCUGUUUGAUCAGAUCAUGUACCACCUGGACCUGAUUGAGAUCGAUUACUUUGGGUUACAGUUCAUGGAUUCAGCACAAGUGGCGCACUGGCUGGACAACACCAAGAGCAUCAAAAAGCAGGUGAAGAUCGGCCCACCGUACUGUCUGCACCUGCGCGUCAAGUUCUACUCCUCCGAGCCCAACAACCUGCGGGAGGAGCUCACCAGAUAUUUGUUUGUUCUGCAACUAAAACAAGAUAUUUUCAGUGGAAAGCUGGAGUGCCCGUUCGACACUGCUGUGCAGCUGGCGGCGUACACGCUCCAAGGUGAACUCGGAGAUUUUGACCCCACAGAGCACACGCCGGACUUGGUGUCGGAGUUUCGCUUUGUACCCACGCAGACGGAGGAGAUGGAGCUUGCAGUGUAUCAGAAGUGGAAGGAGUUCAGGGGUCAGACGCCUGCCGAGGCCGAAACAAAUUAUCUGAACAAAGCCAAGUGGCUGGAGAUGUACGGCGUGGACAUGCACAUCGUGAAGGCUCGAGACGGCAACGACUAUCAGCUGGGACUGACCCCGACAGGAGUUCUGGUAUUUGAGGGGAACACUAAGAUCGGCUUGUUCUUCUGGCCCAAAAUAACUCGCCUGGACUUCAAGAAGUCGAGAUUGACGCUGGUCGUGGUUGAGGAUGAUGAGCAGGGCAAGGAGCAGGAACACACGUUUUGUUUCAAAAUGGAUCAUCCCAAGGCGUGCAAGCAUCUGUGGAAGUGUGCUGUGGAGCACCACUCCUUCUUCCGUCUCCGGGGGCCCACGCAGAAAGGCUCCAGCCGCUCCAGCUUUAUACGGCUGGGGUCACGGUUCAGAUACAGCGGGAAAACUGAAUACCAGACGACGAAAUCCAGCAAACCGCGGCGUUCGUCGUCCUUCGAGCGCAGACCCAGCAAACGCUACUCGCGGAGAACCCUGUUAAGUCGAUCUCAAGCUCAGAGGCCCAACCUGAUUAACGCUGACAGAGCAGAGCCUGCGGUCCACCCCAAUGGAGCUCAGCCGGUUUGGCCCAUGAAGCAGUCUGCUCGCCCGGCGCCCUCUGUCCCUGCGCAGUCACCACUUUUUGAGAUUGGGGCCCUUCAUCAGAGUCCAGGAGGCCAUCACCCAGAGAAGAAAUGCUUUGUUAGUGUAACCGAGAGUCAGGAAUCGCUGGACAAGAAGCUGGACGAGCUCCUGGCGCUGCCGGUGUCCACGGGAACCAGUCUGGAGCCCGGAAUCCUGGCCUUCUCCAACCCCUGCGUAGAGGAAAUGCCCGUCGCACAGCCAAACGCCCCCCCAGCCUUUGAAGAUGCGACCGUGAAGCUGAAUAACGUGGACGCCAAUAUGGUGGCCAUUCCUCCACUGCGACUAAAUAUCAAUGUGAACAAGCAGGAGGACCCUGUGAAGCUGCUGGAGAAAUGUUUGAACAACAUGGUGGAGGCUCCAGUAUGGCCACCCCCAGAUAUAAAGAGCAACAUCCUGAAGGCGCAGGUGGAGGCCGGCCACAAGAUUAUAGAAGAUUUGGGGAUCGGUCACAGGACUGUGAGCGCUGAGGAGACGCUUUCCAGGAGCGUCAGUGUCAAGAUCAAUAACCGCUCGCUGGUGCCGGAAAGUCCAGACGGAGAACCACAAAUCCCAGCACAGACCAUCUUCAUAGCAAAUGUUGGGUCCCAGGAACUAAAGGAAUCCAAAUUCGACAGCGUGGUGAUGUCAUCUUCUACCCUGAUACCCCCAGAGGAGGUCCCUCAAAUCAAGAGUGUGACUGAUGACCUGGACCUGCUGUUGGCAUCGCUGACCGAGAACCUGAUCGACCUCACGGAGACCCCUGCGCCACCGCCGGUCCCAUCCUAUGUGUCUGUCGCCCCCCGCUGGUUAAUACCGAGCGGAGUUGUAUCAAACGGUCACCUCGGAGCGGAGACGUCCCUGCCACCAAAAGUCCUGAAUAAUGUGAUCGACUCUCCACCCGCUGCCGCCGAGAGCCUAAAUGUAACGCAAGUUCCUGCCGCCGCCUCCAGCACUGUGACCCCCACGGAAAGGACCAGACCGCGGUGUCUGCUGACCACGGAGCUCUGAGGCGCCAUCUGGGAAGACUGGCCAUUUAAAGGGACGGUGUUAUCAGUACAAAGAGCUGCAGAUGAGCCUGACCAGAUCUCCUGACAGACGAUAAGACGUUCCGUCACUUUAAGCUAUGAUACACUGGAAUCUUUCUCCCCUCCCCCGCUGCCCUGUCCGGUGGCGUUUCGAACGCCUGCCACAAGAUGCGACAUUCCGCUCUGCCUUAUGCUCGGAUCUCUCCUUGGUUUUAUGGUUCACCGCUGAUAAUGUAUAACUGCAUCCUCGAGACGACCGCGUCAUAAAACCAGUUUCUGCUUGGAUGUGGAAUCUCCCAGGGGAUCGUACGUGAAGCUUCGCACCUGAGCCCGCACCACACCUGACGCCGCGGUCAUGUGAUGCUCAUUACACAGAAUUGCUUCUUCCCCAUUAACUUUUAUUUUAUCCUUUAUUAUAUUUGUGUGCUAAAUGUAACAAUUUACAUAAUUUUGCUCCUGAGUAUCACUGCCAUAGUCCUGCUGUAAAGCGAGAGGCUGAAAAUCAUCGGGAAACCAGGCCCCGGAAAGAAGCCGCUAAUCUGCCCCUCGGGGUGUAUGGCCCAGGAGGCUCGUGGUUCAGGAUGGAGGCUGCUAUUCUGCCCAAGAGGCUCGUGGUUCAGGAUGGAGGCUGCUAUUCUGCCCCUUGGGAUGUUUGGCCCAGGAGGCUCAUGUUUGGAGGCCGCUAUUCUGCCCAGGAGGCUCGUGCUUCAGGAUGGAGGCCGCUAUUCUGCCCAGGAGGCUCGUGCUUCAGGAUGGAGGCCGCUAUUCUGCCCAGGAGGCUCGUGCUUCAGGAUGGAGGCCGCUAUUCUGCCCAGGAGGCUCGUGCUUCAGGAUGGAGGCCGCUAUUCUGCCCAGGAGGCUCGUGCUUCAGGAUGGAGGCCGCUAUUCUGCCCAGGAGGCUCGUGCUUCAGGAUGGAGGCCGCUAUUCUGCCCAGGAGGCUCGUGCUUCAGGAUGGAGGCCGCUAUUCUGCCCAGGAGGCUCGUGCUUCAGGAUGGAGGCCGCUAUUCUGCCCAGGAGGCUCGUGCUUCAGGAUGGAGGCCGCUAUUCUGCCCAGGAGGCUCGUGCUUCAGGAUGGAGGCCGCUAUUCUGCCCAGGAGGCUCGUGCUUCAGGAUGGAGGCCGCUAUUCUGCCCAGGAGGCUCGUGCUUCAGGAUGGAGGCCGCUAUUCUGCCCAGGAGGCUCGUGCUUCAGGAUGGAGGCCGCUAUUCUGCCCAGGAGGCUCGUGCUUCAGGAUGGAGGCCGCUAUUCUGCCCAGGAGGCUCGUGCUUCAGGAUGGAGGCUGCUAUUCUGCCCCUCGGGGUGUUUGGCCCAGGAGGCCAUGUUCUGUUUUAACACUGUAAAUUCUGUUCCUGUCAUUUUAGAGCAGGUUCAUUUAUAAACCUCGUCUAGCAUACAA